GUAGAUCUUCCUCCAGUAUGACCCAGCUCAAAACAAGGAAAUGGAAAAUGUAGCUAGCUAGAUGCGGUUUCAAUCACUGUUACACUUUGUAAUUAGAAUUGGCUAGUUAUGGUAAAGAAACUUGAGUAGGCGUGACAUCUCUGUUAUUUAGAAACUGAUAUGAUCAAAAUAAUUUUAAUAAGUAACGUACACAGCGCAGCGGCAGGUGUCACAAACGGAAGAAGUCCAUGUAACGUUAGCUAAAGUAUCGCGUGACCGCAAAAACGAAAAAGUUUUCUGAUUUGCUUUGUUCUGUGGCUACUUGAUAAAUGUUGUGACUCAUUUUGGAUCAUCUCUUUAUUUACGGCAUCUAUUUCAUAAAAUGGAUAGAAUUUGCUCGCUGUAUUUUAGUUACGCUAGAUAGCCAUCGUACCAUCAGACUCAUGAGUGCUUCCCGCUGGUUCGCUGGCUAACUAGCUAGCUAAGUGCUAGCUAAAUGGCUAGCUAAUUUGAGAAGUUCAAAGUUAGAGAUGGAUGAUAUAAUUUCGCUCAGCUCCGGGAGCGGAGAGGACUCGGAUGUUGAAGUUGUUGGUGUUUACAGUGACACCGAGAACAAGGCCGAAGCAAUACCAUUUAUCAGAGGAGGAUGGGUCAAUCUGGCUGCCUACACACCGUUUGUGAUUGACAUUACUGGUCGGAGGUGGGCACUACCACCACCAAGGAGGCGCAGGAGGAGGGACCCAGGUGGGCCUGUAGAAGUGGUGGACUUGAGUGACAACAACCUCUCGGAUCACUCAGAUCCAGGGCCGGUGAGUCCACUACCUCAGGGAGAGAAAAAGACUGAGGAACUUUCAAAACACAAAGGACCACAUACCAAAAGUCCAGAUUCUCUGUCCUGCUCCCCAACUGAACAAGAGUUGGAGAACAAAGCUGUUUUAAAAGCAGAAGAAAGUGACAUCCUUGAGUCCAAUCAGAGUUCUCUCAGGGAUUCAUCUUCAACUCGACCACCAGAUGUCAAGAACGCUGUGAAAUGCUCAGAUGUAGACAUUCCAAAAUGUCCUGUCAAAUCACCAAGUGUGCCUAAAUCUGAACCGCCAGCAGGGAAGGAAAAAGCCUCAGGGUCUUCCUCUUACCAGAUAACUUGGGAGUCACAACAGUGCUUGGGUAUAACUUCUCAACCACUGUGUGAAGGGAAAGAAGAGCCAGAAUGCCUCAAGGCCAAGACCCAAACCUCAACCAUUCCAAAUGAAGCUCUGACUAGCUGCACUGGAAAAGUAGAAAAGCAUGCAUUGGAAGAGCAAGUGUCUAUGUUUACAACGGACAAACCUCUUCUGACAGAGGAAAGGGAAGAACCAGGGUCUCCACAAUCAUUACUCUAUGCUACUCUCUCCCUCUCCCCCCAAAGCCUAGACAGCCCCUAUUACGUCCCUGAUGAUAUAGACUCAGACCCUUUCAGGUUCUCAGAGGAUUGGGGUGUACAUGAAACUCGGCACAACGACACCUGUUAUUCCCCUACACACAUCCCCUUUGAAAGCUCUCUCUCUCCACCUCUACCUGAUGAUCAGACAGUGUGUCUCAACCAGAGUGACCCAGACAACUACCCCACCAGUACACACAGUCUUAAACAGGAUCCAGUCUACCCCUAUUGCUCUCCUACCAAUGGCACAGGAUCAGUGCUGUUGGAGGAAAUAAAUCAACUUCAGGCCUUAAACUGCACCAUCUUCAGUCCCUGCUCUCCUUCCAUAGAAACAGACCAACAGGCUCCCCAGAAUUCCCAGCUAACCACCGGCUCCAACUCCCCUGGCUCCUGCAUGGGAGGAACUCAUAGCAAUAAUGAGAGCCAGCCCAACCGGACCCCCAGCCCUACGUCCACAGUCAUCCUAGCUGGGGAGUCCCCAGACUGGCCUGUGGAUGAGACUGAGGCAGACCUGGUUAUGGAUAGCCCCCUGUACAUGUGUAGUAGUAUCCCUAGUGACCCUCCCAUGUCGCUGCGGUCUGAGGACAUGGAUGUGGAGGCAGGGCCCAGAUCUCCUGAGGCCAGCCAGCCUGGUUUGGGGGCUGAGGGCUUGAUGACUACUGCAUGGAGGGAUGGCAAUGAAGGAGAGGAGAUGGGUGGAGAGAAUGACAUGGAGGUCAGCAGAGAGGACAGGCGCUAUGUGUGUCCAAUCCAGCUCAGGAAACUGAGGCAGCUGAUGGCUGGACCAGUUCAGCACCUGGUAAGUAGGAGAGACAUUUUCCCCACAUUUUCCUGUGGUUUCUCUCACUCUUCUGUUGUUUCUCUCUCUCUCCCUCUCCAGGAGGAUGAGGAAGAGGAGGAUGAUGGUUUUGGUGACCCAGAGCCUCUGUGCAGACAGAGCUUGAGCCUGGUGUACAGCACCAUGGAGGAGAACUACCCAGAGGGCACCCUGCAGCUGCUGUCUGACCUGCUGCAGCCUCGCUUCUUCCCCCCCAUCGACAUCACCACCCACCUCCUCAGAGGCAUCCUGCUGGACCCCCAGUGUCCCGACUUUCUCUGUCUGGAGGCCUAUACUCUCCUCAUGAGGACCCAGAGGCACAAUCACACUGAUCAGACCACUAUUCCAUGGGACUGGGAGCUGUUGACGUCAGUCAUGGCUGCUGAACAGAGCCGUGGCAGGAGGCUCUGCUGUGAGGUGGUGCGUAUGCUGCUGCAGUACGUCGUCCAGACCAUGGAGGAUGACUUCCGGGUCAAACUUUCCUUCCGUGAUCUCCACCAUUCCAUCGCCAAGGCAACCCUGUCAUGUGAUGUACGGUUCACCCAGGUCAGAGAUGUUAUCAAUUGGCUCUUUGCUGCUAUUGUGAAAUCAACAGGGGACAAAGACAACAUGUCUGCUGACAUUGAGUUGAAAACACAGAAGGAAAAAGAUGAACAUCUAAAAAUGGUGUUCCUCCUCCAGAAGAUGCUGUCCUUUGCCUUGGAGGUGGACCGCUCCCCGGCUCUCAACUCCAGCAAACUCUCUGGGGAACUCUUCCACACGCUCAUCAGCACUGUCUGUCUGAGACAACACAGGAUGCUGAUGCUGGAGACCCUGGAGAGCAGACUACUGAGGUGUAAGCUGAUAGAGCACCUGCUGCACCAUGCAAGUCCACAGAAGACCCCUCUGCCCAUGUCUCUGAGUCUGCUGCUACACUUCCUACACAACGCCACCCUCCCACCUGACCCUACGGAUGGAGCUGAGAGCUGGAGGAAGUGGGAGGAGUUGGUCCAACUACUAUGGAUGUUGUUGCUGAGCUAUGAGGAAGUGAUGAAAGGUCACCUGCGCUCUGCGGUCACCGAGCGAGGGGGCUACGGUCGUGCUCCAAUCCAGACAGUGAAUGAUUCUUUGUCACGGUUGGCGGUCCAGGAGGCUAUAGAGGCCAUCCUGUCCAGAGCCCAGGCUGACCUGGGCCAAGACCUGCCUCCACACGUCCACGAGUCCCUCACCUACCUGCAGGAUCAUCUGCUGGCCUCCUCUCAUUGACGAUAAGCUCAGCGCUUCGGUUCAAGCGGCCGUUGAAUGAUUUCUAUUUAUUUUUGUAAUGAUUCAUUCAGUUUUCUAAUCUUUCCCCCAAUGAAUUGUUUUAAAUAAAUAUUUAUUUUUUUAA